UCUCCCUCAAAACAUCAUUCUCUUGAGAUCAUUGCGGCGGCGCAAUUAAAAGCCCGACACAGAAUUCAACAAAUAAUAGAAAAAUUGAAGCGUAAUGCUCUCAUAAAUUAUGAAAAGUGUAAAAAGUGGUGCCUUUGAGGGUGUUAUCGAUGAUAAUGUUUCACCAUUCGGUUAUAUGAAGGGUGAGGGUAUUGAUGCCGGCUAUGGUGAACACGAUUGGAUUUGCAAUAGAGAUAAGGAACGCACAGAUUCUAUUUUUAAUAAACUUGGACCUGUUGAUGGCAAAAUUUCUGGCCAAGCUGCCAAACAAGAACUUAUCAAAUCCAAAUUACCCAAUUCAGUGCUUAGUAAAAUUUGGAAACUAUCCGAUGUUGAUGGUGACGGUUUCCUAGAUUCGGAUGAAUUUGCCUUAGCCCUACAUUUAAUCAAUGUCAAAUUGGAGGGCAAUGAAUUGCCUAAUGUGUUGCCCGAUCACUUAGUGCCACCAUCGAAACGUUGCUAAUUU